AUGUCUGCCCCUAGUGGCAAGAGUCGAGGAUGUUUCCAAUGUUCCAAGCGCCGAAUCAUAUGCGAUAAUACACAACCGAAAUGCCAAAAAUGCCAGAAGAAGGGCCUCGAGUGUUCCGGAGCAGCAAGAAUUCGCUUCUCAAAUGCCGUGGCGCUGCGUGGGAAGUUGAAGGGAUGCACAAUUCCAGUGAUGGGCGAGGCGGACUCGGGAAUUGAUCCACAACCACGCCAAGAACAUCAGAUAACGCCGCGGAUCAUUCGAUGGAAGGAUGAUCAAAGCGUGCGACCGAAGCGGAAAUACCUUAAGCGUCGAGCGACAACGACUGUGAGCGACUUGGAAAAGUCACCAACAAGCACGGUUUCCGAAGCACCAAACGAACCGGACACAAAUACCGGGGUCGAUCGCCCAGAGGUCUCAUUUUUACCCCAGGAAGAUGUGCCGGGCACUUCCACUGGAGCAUCUAUAGCGCCAGGUCGUUUCUCACACUCCGAACGAUCAACUCUAUUGACGCCGUAUGGAUCUGAUGUCUCUUUUGGUAGAGCUAUCCGUGGGAAUGACAGUCAUGGGAUGAAUCGAAAAACCGGACAUUCAAUUCCUCCGUGGAUUGAUCCUUUAGGAUCAGGUACACCUACCUAUCAUUCCCUCGCGGGCUUCGCGAUGAUGGAUCAACGACUUACCAAGAUAUUAGUUGCGAUGCAAGUAGCACCUGUUAUGGUGAUCUUGGACGAUGUUUCCAAUGGGUACCGGGAUGUACUAUUGCCACUAGCCUGUGAGGACAAACUCUUACAGCGCGCUAUCUGUAUUGUGGCAACACAACACUUGGCUUUACACAAUUCGCACUACAAAAGUGCUGUAGACCAAUCUCGAGCAGCUGUGAUAUCUCAGCUCCGCAGAGACUCAUUGCAGUCAUCACCAGAUCGUAUAUUUAAUGUCUCGACGUGGGCUACAUUGAUUGUUCUUUUAGUAGGUGAAACUAUAACAGGAAGCUCAGAAUGCGGUCAUAUGCUCCAAACGUUGAUUUCGUUAGCCCGGAACAUCGGACGCGCAACGCCGUCUGGACUGACUCAUUUUCUUCAGCAACAAACUCAAAUGUUGGCGUUCAUGAAAGCAUUUCAAAUAUACAUUGGUCGCAAAACUACCAAUGGCGACCAAUGGGAAUUACUUGAAAGUUUGACUCAGCUUGUCGCUCAAAUUGAUCCCGACCAGAUGGGAUCACACGCUCUUGUCUGGGUUUGCUUUAUCGGAGCGGCCGACAGCACUGAUCCGGCACACAGGAGGUUCUUUACAGACCGAAUGAAUAGUAUCUAUGUCAAGACUAAGUUCCAAAACAUUGCUGCUGGGAUGCAGUCAUUGCCUAGAAUCUGGUCGCAACAGGGGUCUGGAAGAUGGACGGAGAACUUGUUCCGGCUAGCUCCUGCAUUGGUGAUAUAA